AUGUGUGAGGCAGCGUAUGAUAAUUAUACAAAAAACCCUGAAGAAUUUAUGAAAUUUUUGGAGGAAUCAGAGAAGCCAUUGUACAAGGGAUGUCAACGUUAUACAAAAUUGAGUGCACUUGUGAAACUGUACAAUACCAAAGCAAGGCAUGGAAUGAGUGAUGCUCUAUUUUCAGAUUUACUAUUAGAUUUUGGAGAUAUGUUGCCAAAUAAUCACAAUCUACCAUCCUCCAUGUAUGAUGUAAAAAAGACGUUGAGUUGCUUGGCGUUGACUCAUGAAAAGAUUCAUGCUUGUUCCAAUGAUUGCAUUCUUUAUAGGAAGCAAUAUAAAAACUGCACAAGCUGCCCUAAAUGUGGCUUGUCACGGUGGAAGCUAACCAAAAACAAGGUUGAGAAGAAAGGUGUUCCCGCUAAGGUGGUUUGGUAUUUCCCUCCCAUACCAAGAUUUAAGCGCAUGUUUAAAUCUUUAGAGACCUCAAGAAAUUUAACAUGGCAUGCAGAUUCUACAAGAGUUGUUGGUCAAUUACGUCAUCCAGUUGAUUCACCAUCGUGGAAGUUAGUGGAUCAUAUGUGGCCCGACUUUGAAAGUGAGCCAAGAAAUCUUCGUCUAGCGCUUGCAGCUGAUGGCAUUAAUCCUCAUAGCAACCUUAGUAGUCGGUAUAGCUGUUGGCCAAUCAUGUUGGUCAAUUAUAAUUUACCUCCAAAUAUGUGCAUGAAGAGGAAAUACAUCAUGCUAACUAUGCUCAUUUCAGGGCCUAAACAACCUGGAAACGAUAUUGAUGUCUAUCUGGAGGUGUUAGUUGAAGAUUUGCAACGAUUGUGGGAAGGAGUUGAUGGAGUCUAUGAUGCUUAUCGCAAGCAGUUCUUCACUCUUAAAGCAGUCUUAUUAUGGACUAUCAAUGAUUUUCCUGCCUACGGUAACCUUAGUGGAUGUACUACACAUGGUUAUUAUGCAUGUCCAGUAUGUGGAGAAGAUACUUAUGCAAGGCACUUGGAAAAUGGGAAGAAAAUGUCUUUUGCGGGCCAUAGACGAUUCCUAUCACGGUUUCAUCCCUAUCGUAGGCAAAUGAAGGAGUUUAAUGGCAUGGAGGAACUUGGAGAAGCAACUAGACCAUUAUCUGGGAUUAAGUUGUUUGACAAACUUUCUGACAUAAGGUGUGAAUUUGGAAAGAAGAUAAGUGUAAGAGGGAAAAAAAAGAAUGCAAAGGCUAAUAAGUUGGAAGUCACUAUAGAAGAAAAAUAUUUAAAAGCAACAAAUUUCAGAAAAUGUUGGAAGAAGAAGUCAAUCUUUUUUAAUAUUCCUUACUGGAAACACUUGCAUGUAAGACAUUGUCUUGAUGUUAUGCACAUCGAGAAAAAUGUAUUUGAAUCUCUCAUUAAUACUUUGAUGAAUGUUAAAGGAAAAACCAAGGAUAAUGUGGCAGCUAGGUUGGACAUGGUUGAGAUGGGAAUUAGACCUGAAUUAACACCUAUAGUUGGGGAGAAGAGAACAUAUCUUCCUUUUGCUGCGUGCUCAUUCACAAAAAAAGAAAAGUUACAAGUGUGCAAGUCAUUAAAGGAUAUAAAAGUUCCAGAAGGUUUCUCUUCAAACAUGAAUAAUAUUGUGUGCAUGGAUCAGUUGAAGUUGACUUGCUUGAAAUCCCAUGAUUGCCAUGUUUUAAUGCAGCAUUUCUUGCCAAUAGUCAUACGUGAUGCGCUGCCAAAACAUAGAUAUUUAGCAGAAGAAGCAAUUGAGUUUUGUUCAGAAUACCUCAAUGACGUUGAUCCUAUUGGAGUUCCUCAAUCAAUUCGAGAUCCGAAAGCAAAUGGUUCUGGCUUGCAAGCAUGCAAUACACCAAUUAUAGUGCAACAAGUUGAUCUGCAACAAGCACAUUUGACUGUGCUAGAAAAUAUGGAAGAAGUAUCUCCCUAUAUAAUUGAACAUAAAAUUUUUUUGAAAUCAAUGUUUCCCAAAAAAGAGAAAGAUGAAAGGUGGAUACAGGAUGCUCACAACAAGAGGUUUAUUGAUUGGUUUCGUGCAAAGGUGGCUGCUGAAAUUGACAGUUGCAAUGGUGGAACAACAUCAUCAUUAACAUGGUUGGCCCAUGGACCGCGUGCACAAAUCAUUAAGUAUAAUAGUUAUGUGAUAAAUGACAAUUUAUACCAAACAAAGGCGCGAGAUGAUGACAGAGUUUGCCAAAACAGUGGGGUUUCUUUAGUUGCCAACACCAUGCUUGUAUGUAGUGCUAAAGAUAAGAAUCCCUUGCUAGCUGAUGUGUCUUUCUAUGGAGUAAUUGAAGAAAUAUGGAAAUUAGACUAUCAUCAAUUUCACGUUCCUCUUUUCAAAUGCGCGUGGGUUGCAAAUGACAAAGGAAUAAUCAACAAUGAUGAAUGUGGCUUCACCUUAGUCAACUUGAACAAACGAGGACACAAGAAUGACGAAUUUGUGCUUGCAAGUCAAGUCAACCAAGUCUUUUAUAUUGAUGACCCAUUAACAAAGGGGUGGUCAAUUGUGCUCCCAGUUCCAAAUAGAUGUUAUGAGGGAGAUGCUGAUGAUGGGAGCAGUAUUCCUGAUUCUAGACCAAUUGAUGAUGUUGAUACUCAUUGCAUUCCUUCUCAUGAAAGAUAUUUUAGAUCAGAAAUUGAGGGUGUUUGGGUCACAAAAAAGAAAAAAUGA